GGGUGUUGUGGUAUGUACCUACUUGGGUAUGGAUGAAUGGGUGGGUGGAUGGGUGGAUGGGAGGAAUGUUGGAGGCUCUGGGCACCCCGCCACCACCAACUGUCACUAUCACUGUCACUGCCACUGCCACGGUCACUCCAUCAUCAACACCAACUCCAUCACCAAUACCAACACCAACCCUCAACAACACCCACCUCGAACCUGCACGUCGUCAACCACAAUCGGCCCCUCAUAGGCCGGCCCGUAACAGGCCAGACCUCGAUACCUAGAACAACCAUCACCGCCGCCGCCACAGCCCACCGCCCACCGCCCUUCCAGACGAUCCUCCAUCCAGGCGCUGCUUUUGGGGGCCAAUCCCAUGGCAUCCAUGUGAGCAGGGCGGCUUUCGACUAUUGUAAGCCCACCCCCGCCAAGCCUCAAACCUCCAAGCCUCCGUGCUUCUCAUCCCCCUCCCCCCCGGUCUUCCGGUCUUUGGCCUGGGGGGGGACGGAGGCUGGCCUGUUAAAGCCCGAGGGCGUUUGCAAAGCCUCCGCCAUGGAAAGCAAGACCAGCACGAGAGGAAUGUAUUUUCUUAUUCCCUCCUUUGUCGGUACCCCAUCCUGUCUUCAGCAAAUAUACAUAAAACCAACUACUCCGUCUCAACGGGUCGGACAGAGCGACAAGGGUCCGGCGCCAAGGCGAAACCACGAGAAGAAAAAAACGUGCAGGGGACGGAUGGACAGCCGAACGACGGAUCGGCCAGUUGAAACGAGACGUUGGUACGUAAGUAUGCUCCGACUUGCGUACCUCGUACCUGGAUUGUCAUGUCUGUCUGGCGUAGCAGCCGGGCGCUCACUCGGCUUGCCUAUGGGAAAUCCAUUCAUAGUAACACACACGGCGGACCACGGUGCAAGGCCGCACUGUACAGCAAGCCCAUGAUUCCCGGCUGCGCGAGUUGAGUUGUCAGCCGCAGUGGAUGCCCGCCUUCUGCGCGGAGUCUUAUAGGGCAUAGGGCC